AUGCAUUCAUUUACAGUAAACAUUUCCACCAGGUUGUUUUCUCAGUUGUGUUCACGGUCUGUGAGUUUGAAAAAGCUGUGGUUGCGGGUGAAAGUCAGACCGGAUUUCUUGGAGAAGGCGAGAUACCAGGAAGACAUUGAUUGGAAUCGUUGGCAACAACGUCCACAGCAGCGAGCCGAUCGUCUACACCACACACAACCCAAACAGCUUAGUACCGUCGUCUGUUUACAUAGACGAGGUGUUAGAAGUAUCACUUGGUGGUCACGGGCGGCUGUUUUUAUUAAAGGUCAAAAGGAACCUAUUGUGCAUCUGUCAGAGUUGAGACAUUUUGGUACAGUGAGGUCAGCGGUAGAAUUGUGCAAUCAUUUCGACAUGUCUGAGAAGAAAAAGUUUGAGCGCCUGCCUAAAACAGUGGUUCCAACCAACUACAACCUCAGACUGACUCCUGAUCUGCAGAAGUUUGUCUUCGAUGGCUUUGAGGAAAUUACAGUUAAUAUUGUCUCAGAAGUCAGUGAGAUCAAGCUGCAUGCCAAUGAGAUCACUAUUCAGGAAGCAACAUAUAAAGGUGAUGCUGCAGAGGUAGCAGCCAAAGUUCAUUACAACAAAGAACAAGAGGAGGUCACAUUAGAGUUUCCAUCUAAUGUUGGGCCUGGCCAGGGUGUCCUGUCUAUCAAGUUUACUGGAGAACUCAAUGACAAGAUGAAGGGCUUCUAUCGCAGCAAAUACACCGUUGGAGAAGAGGAGAGGUUCGCAGCAGUCACUCAGUUCGAGGCGACAGAUGCCAGACGGGCGUUCCCUUGUUGGGAUGAGCCAGCUGUUAAAGCCACUUUUGAUAUUACAUUGGUAGUGCCCAAAGACAGGGUGGCAUUGUCCAACAUGCCUGUAGCCUCAGAGAAAGACGUUGAUGGAAAUCUGAAAGAGGUGACUUAUGCAAGGACGCCCAUAAUGUCCACGUACCUGGUAGCAUUUGUUGUUGGAGAGUAUGAUUACAUCGAGGCCAGGGAUGAGGACGAUGUAUUAGUCAGAGUUUACACGCCAGUCGGCAAGACAGAACAAGGCAAAUUUGCUUUAGACGUGGCUGUGAAAACAUUACCAUUCUACAAGAAGUAUUUUGGUAUUGCCUACCCCUUGCCCAAAGUGGAUCUCAUUGCAAUUGCUGACUUCUCUGCAGGUGCCAUGGAGAAUUGGGGUCUCAUAACCUACAGGGAAACAGCACUGCUGGUGGACCCAGAAAACACCUCGGCACGGGUCAAGCAGUGGGUUGCACUUGUUGUUGGACAUGAACUAGCCCACCAGUGGUUUGGAAACCUGGUCACUAUGGAGUGGUGGACUCACCUGUGGUUAAAUGAAGGAUUUGCCUCAUGGAUAGAAUACCUGUGUGUUGAUUACUGUUUCCCCGAGUACGAUGUGUGGACACAGUUUGUCAACAACGACCUGGGCCAGGCUCUCAACAUGGAUGCCCUCAACAACAGCCAUCCUAUUGAGGUUGAGGUUGGCCAUCCCUCGGAAGUGGAUGAAAUCUUUGAUGCCAUCUCUUACAGCAAAGGCUCCUCUGUCAUCAGGAUGCUACACACCUAUCUAGGAGAUGAGGAUUUCCGCAAGGGCAUGAACUUGUACCUGACAAGGCAUCAGUAUCAGAACACAUUCACAGAGGACCUGUGGCAGGCCUUGGAGGAGGCCAGCGGCAAGCCCGUCGGGCAGAUGAUGAAAACCUGGACCAAACAGAUGGGCUUCCCUGUUCUCAAGGUCAGCCAGGAGCAAGAUGGUGCCGACAGGAAACUCAAAGUCAGCCAGUCCAAGUUUACAGCUGAUGGCUCACCUGCCAGUGAAGGCUAUCGCUGGAUGGUUCCAGUCCUGGCCUGCACCCAGGCAGAGCCAAGCAAGCCUGUUGUGUUGGGACUCCUGGAGACUGACCUUCAGGAGUACAUUGUUCCUGAUGUCCCAGCUGGACAGUGGGUCAAGCUGAAUGCAGGGUCCAUGGGUGUGUAUCGAGUCAUGUACACCAGUGAGAUGCUGGAGGCUCUCGUGCCUGCGGUCAAGGACUUGUCUCUGCCACCAAAGGACAGGCUGGGUCUGCAGUCUGACUUGUUUGCUUUGUCACGAGCUGGCCUGACCUCCGCUGUGGAUGUCCUCAAGGUCGCCGAGGCAUUUGAGAAUGAGACUGACUUCACGGUGUGGUCAAAUUUAUCCUCCAAUAUCUCAUCAUUCAGCACAAUCUUACAGCAUACUGAUGCCUACCCAGCCUUAAAAAAGUUUAUCCGCAAGAUGUUCAGUAAAAUAUCAGCAGCCGUUGGUUGGGAUUCCAAACCAGGAGAAGAUCCUUUGAUCCCCAUGUUGAGGGAGGUUGUUCUGACCCGAAUGGGUAUCUCUGGAGAUGAGGCUACAGUAGCCGAAGCAAAGAGGAGAUUUGAGUUGCACUGUAACGACACAGCCAAAUUACCAGCUGACCUGAGAGCUGCUGUGUACACCACAGUGUUAUACAAUGGGGACAAGACAACCUUAGACAAGAUCAUGAAGUUGUAUGAUGAAGCAGAUAUGCAGGAAGAAAAAGUCCGCAUCAGUCGAGCCAUGGGUUCAGUGCAAGACCCAGAACUGAUUCAGAGGGUGCUGGACUUCUCUCUGUCUGACAAAGUGCGAUCUCAGGACACAGUGUUUGUGAUCGCUGGCACCACGGGAACUGUUGCAGGUCGAGAGCUGGCCUGGAAGUUUUUCAGGCAAAACUUUUCACUGCUCAACGACCGCUACGAGGGCGGCUUCCUUCUGUCCCGUCUUGUACAGACCACAAGUAACCAUUUUGUGACAGAAGAGAAGGCUUUAGAAGUGGAGGCGUUCUUUAAAGAACAUCCAGUGCCGGCUGCUGAGAGAACGGUCCAACAGAACAUUGAGAACAUUCGUCUGAAUGCCAAAUGGUUGAAACGAGAGUUGGAGCCAGUCACCAACUUCUUGACCGCUUCAGCCUGA